UUUCAGCGCAGCGCGACACGAAGUACCGUUCUCUGAAAAAGUCCGUUGAAAAUGUUGAUAAGUUCGACAAAAAGAAAAUCGCCUAAAAACGUUACAGACUUGUGAACUACUGAACGGAAAAAAUUUUGGCUUUUUUUUCUGAAUUCAGAAAGAAAAUACUUUUGUUCGGUUUUUUUUUCAACUCGAGCGGUACCAGCAACAGCAAUAACCCAACAUAAACGCGCAAAUAAUAAGCAAUAAUUUAAUUUAAUUUUGGAAUUUGGUUUUCCGAGAACGGUGCAUCAGCUGCCUCAACUGAAAAAUGGAAAAGAAGUGAAAGGUUGAGCAGCCAAGCAAAAGGCCGCUUCGAGUUGGCCCCAUUGUGAAUGUAAGCUGACUCGCUUUGUGAAACUGAUUAAAGUGAAAAUGAUUCAGAGCCAACUACCAAAUACACAUUUGGUUUGUGGUAACCUGUGAAAUGUAGAAAAUAUUCCAUUCUAGAGGUAGAACGGAUCCGAAUCGGAUGGACCCUAUAAAAUCCGAUAUAUGCUUAAAAAAUAAAUUUCCUCUAGUUUCCGGUGCCUGCUUAGAAGAUUAAUUUACACAUAUGCAUACAUACAGACGUUCAUUGAUUUCGCCAAUUAAAAAUCAAUAAAUCAAUAACAAAACUAUAACCAAGCACUGUUGCCACACGACUUUGUUUAAAAAAAAUUGUGCUAAUUCGAAUUCAAACCCUGCAAUUAUCCAAAAGGAAAGUGACAAUCCUCCAUGUGUACUCGUACUUAUGUCUAGAGCCUUUUUAAUAGUGAAGUGGACCAUUUCUUAUUUUCCUUUCCAGAGUCAGUGCUUUUGCAUUAUGUACAUACAUAUGUAUGUGCAUAUGUACACCCAGUACCCGUGAACUAUACGGGUAUAUUGUAUUUGUGUAGCUUCUCGUUUAAACCCUGACAUCGCGGACACUAAUUAUAUAACACAUAACAGCAAACAACCUUCGUUCCCAAAAAAAAAAGGGGUGCUGUUCACAUUCUUAGAGAUUGUAUGGAUAUCAUUUGUCGAAAUCAAAAACCAAAAAGAACUAUUAUCAUUAUAAAAUCGACACGGUAAAAUAUGAAUGACGUUCGUCAUGAACGUUGAAAUGGUGCUGUAGUUACCAAAGUGUAAUUAUUAUUUAAACAUAAACUUAAGUGAUAAAAAGUGAAAGAUAUAAAAGAGCUUCGGCAAAAGGAAUAGUGCAAUAUCGAUUUAACUAAAUAAAUGAUUUCUUUUUAGUCAUGUAAAUUCCGAAAUAAAUUAAACUUAUACAUAUCAGACAUAUCAAGAAUACAUGUGUAUAUUAUUAAACCUAUCUAUGCAUACAACACACAUAUCUUCUACAAAUACAACAAAAAGCUAAGGAUACGAUACAGUGGAUAAACACUAUAUCAAAAAGUGCACACUUUACUACAUAUCAAAACCACUGUGGACAUAUCAUCAUAGUGACCAUCGAGUGACAAAUAGUGCUAGAUCAGUACAUAGUAUGUAUGUAUAUUCAGGAAAUCGAGAAAUGUAAACGUUCCAGUCAAAGUCCAUCUGAGCUGUCACACUAAGUGCGCGAAUCACGAAGUGAGGGACGGGACACACACAUCGAAUCCUACCGCACACCUCACCCACCGGAGCCCCACCCAUUUCGCAUUGCACUUUGCAAACUACCGUGACUAGCCGGCUUUGUCGAGUCCGCGAAACAAGUUAGUCAAUUCAAAUAAUGCGCAUACGAUAAGAUCGAUGCUACCAAAAAACUGUAUGUCCCUCCAUGAUAUUCCCAAACGAAAAGAAGAAAGAACUAUGGCGUUAUGCGUCAAAAAACAAUCCGGGUGCGUGCGAUGGGGUGCCAGGACCCACACAGCCACCACAGCCGCCGCCCCCUCCACAUCGACACCGCCUUCAGAUGCUGCGGGGUCCCUCGUUUGGCAGCAGCAGCUUCUUUUGCGAGGAAACCUCCCUACCGAUGCGACAAACACCCCCGCCACCAUACAAUUCGAUUCCCUACGCCACAGACUGUUGCGGCUCCUACUGCCAGAAGAACACCAACGGCAGCCCCUACCCCAAUACCAACACCAACGCCAACAACUGCCGCCUCCCCCGCCCACUACUAAACUACACACAACAGUUAGUACCACGUGCGGAUACGUUGGGAUCACCAUCACCCACGCCCGCUGCCACAGAAGACUCGGACUUCAGCUAUACGAAACCUGGAUGCAGCUGCGUAAGCUCUGGCGACGAUAUGUUGAUCGACGAAAACGAUCAAAUGCACCAUCAGACCUCAACGUCGCCCCGUUCUGUGACGAGUGCGAUGACCUUUCGCACGACUGCGGCGAACAUGUUUCGCAACUGCUGUGGCGCCGGUGGCCAUGCAGCGGAGGCCAGCAGUGGCUCGACUUGCUGGAGCCGAGACCACACAAUUCCAUUCACGAAACCAUCGCACCCCCAGCGGACGACCAUUUCCUGGACGACGGGAGCCACGCUAACAACGCCGGAGAUGCGCAAUCGAAAAGAUUUCGAUGCCCUGAUGAAGCUGCUCAAGCCGAAGCAACAGUCCGAGCUUUUGCGUGCCGUCAAAAGCCGAGUGGAUCACCCCUCAAAAAAGUCAAACAUCAAUGCCGUCAUUGCCACCCCGCCAACCUUCUUGCAGUGCAUUCUGAUCAAGUGUACAACUUCGCCAGCCGACAAGGAGCAGCACUUGACCGCGUGUCGCCUCUUCUUUUGGCCCAGCCUCAGGAACGGCGUGGAGCUAAAACGCCUGCCCGCCUGUCCCAGCGCACGAGACUGCGUGUACACAUGUUGCAAUCCACUGCACUGGUAUCGCAUGAUCCACUUCAACGAUACAGAGUCUUCCCUUCCGCCAUACCAACGAUCAAAAAUGCUGCGACUGAAAGAUGCAGGUGAGUAUUCCGAGGAAGAAGACUCGCAAAACGACGGAAAGUCAGCAGCGGCCACGUGGAGCGUACACAGCAACAGCUUUUCGAGCAGCACCUUCAAGCGAGCGGAAUCGCAGUUUCUGGUCCCCAGUCUAGAGUCUUUUACCACUGAAGGAAAAGGUGACACAGUCAACACCAAGGGCUGGUGCCAAAUUGCUUAUUGGGAGCAUUCUCAUCGCGUUGGAGAGUUCUUUCACGCUAGAAAGACAACAGUCAAUAUCUACACAGAUGGGAUUGUGGACAGUGGUGGAGAUAGCAUGUGCCUCCGCGAGCUAACCUCCGUGGGCAAGGGACCUCACUCUGAAGCUGUCCAAAAUACACGACAAAAAGUUGGGCUAGGAGUUACGUUAAGCCUUGAAAGUGGCGAUGUUUGGAUUUACAAUCGAGGUAACGUGCCAAUCUUUGUAGACUCUCCGACACUAGCCGAACAUUUGGACCGUGUUUGUAAAGUAAUGCCUGGGUACUGUCUGAAGGCCUUCGAAACUACCAGGGCUCAACUGUUAAUCACAAAACGGUCUCAAAAUCAUCCAUUGGGACCUAUCGACCGAUUUAGCAUGAAAAUAAGCUUCGUCAAGGGCUGGGGUCAUACAUACAAACGGCAGGACAUCAUGGGCUGUCCCUGCUGGCUGGAAGUGCACUUCAGCCACCUACGGUGACAAUACUUGCUGCUGGCCCUUACGGCAGUAAUUUCACUAGCAGCGCCCUUUUUGGCCGAGCCUCUUUGCUCUGACCAACAGAGUUCCUGGCGGAGAGAGAGAGACUUGCAACGCUCGCGCCAACUGCUGCGCAAAGUGUUAAUGUUAUUAACCAAGCUGUGGCAAAAUUUGGCUGGUUACAGAUCGAACCACGGGAACGAAGAGCUUGGAGCUGUGUGUACCGAGCUACCGAUAAGCCAUUAAACAACCAAUAAUUUGGAACCACAAAGGACUGCAAAUAAAUCAUUAAAAAUGUUUACUUAAUAGCUACUUAAAAUGUUUCAAUUAACUGCAAGUAGGCACAUCGAAAUUAAGCUAUAAAUCAUUAGAUUCGCAUUAAGGGAGGAGUCUAGGAGUGGGUGAGCUUGAACUUAAGUAAAUAUAUAGUAAUGAUUGUUAAACAUAUUUAGCUAAAAUUUAAAUACUGUGAUUCACUCUAAAUAUACACACAUAGUGCAUAUGUAUGUACUGAAGCAUAGGUCCAGAGGUCUAUGCGAGUAGAUAUGACAAACAUAUAUAAAUAUUUAAAUUAUCUAGACAUACAUAUGUACAUAUAGACAUAUUGCGCCCAUUCAAUUUAACUAGAAACAAAUCAAGAUCCGAUCUUGAGCAGCAAAUGUACAUUGUACAUACAUACAUAUACUUAUACACACUUUUUGAAUCCUCUACCCCAGUCAAAUGAGAUAAAAUAGUAUUUAAAUAUACAAGAGUUUAGUAUAACUGCAUAUACAACCAUACAUAUGUACAUAGGUACACAUUAGCUUCCAUCCCAAAUUCUAGCGCAUACGGAUAGAAUUGCUUUGGAGCUAGCGAACGUCAUAUUCAAACAUUUUUUUAUUUUAUGUUGAUAUUUUGACGAUUUUUAUUUUCAUAGCAUUUACCGAUAGCAGUAGACCUUCCCUUAAAAAUCUAACACGUGAACUUUUGGUUGGUUUCUUUAUAAAUUGUUCCUAUGGAAGCUAUAUACAGUGGACCGAGCCAACCACUGUACUACUGUGCGUCCCAUUCAUCCGACCAAUUUCAUAAUAGCCUAUGAUAGAAAAUUGUCUAGCUGGCAGAUUUGGAUUUUAUCUAAAGUCUAUUCGUGUUUAAAUGUCGUUAGUUUCAGUUGCAUUUCUAGAUCCCAGAAAUGUAAAUAUGAGCAUUGGGUGUGACAUUUAAAAUCCGUGCGCUAGAAUUAGUAUUUUAUCCAUGUGCAUGUACCGCAGUCAUUUAGAAACUAGACUCAGACUCAGUGUGUUAAAGAACAGGUAACAAAAAAAAAUGGGCUUCAUUUAAAUCUAAAUAAUUUAAGACACGAGUCUAACGAAUUGUAUAAUAGAUUAAGUAAAAAACCUGAGCUGAUUUUUCCACUGUCUUUUAAAUUUUAAUUAGACAGAUGUACCAUAGCUUAAAUAUGAUCAAAUAUAUAAUCACAGCAGUUACACUGUUAAGUUUCAACAUAUUGUAAUGCAAUUUCAAUAUAUUUACAAAACUCGACGUUUUUUUCAAUGAAAGAUUUUGCGAAUCAUGUUUGGAAAACGAUGGAAUUGAAGAAAUCAUUUUCAGUGAUAGUAGAGGAAUAAAAUGUCACCCAGAUCGUAGUCUUAUUUAUUA